AUGGUAAAGGAGGAUAUUGUAAAUGACAAUGAAGAUUCUGAGCCAUCAAUUUGUGAGAGAAAUGGCAUGAUUCCCAUGUAUGAGAAAAGUGAGGAGGGACCACCAGUAGAUGCCAAAGGUACUGAUGGGAAUAUACAAACAGAAGAAACUGCUCUCUUGAAUCAUUGUGCUCAGCAACCUCCGGAACCAACAGCAGGGUCUUCAAUACCUGCAAGAACAUGGAGGCAAACAUUUACUUGUCCUCCUCAGGGUUUACUGGCCCGAACAGUGACAAAUGUUGCAAUCAUGGCCCUGGUUUGGGCUGUGGUUUGGUCCAUCACUGGGACUGAGUGUCUCCCAGGUGGAAACCUGUUUGGAAUUCUGUUUCUUUAUUUUUUUGCUGUCAUUGGAGGUAAAAUUUUUGGAUUCAUUAAAAUACGAACGCUACCCCCUCUCCCUGCUCUUCUGGGGAUGCUACUUGCUGGUUUUCUAAUCCGAAAUACCCCAUUCAUUAGUGACAUCGUCCAGAUAAACCUACGCUGGUCUGCAGCACUGAGGAAUAUUGCUCUUUCAAUUAUCUUGACCCGAGCAGGACUCGGCCUGGAUCCAAAGGCUCUUAAGAAGCUCAAAGCAGUCUGUUUGCGGCUUUCUUUCGGACCGUGCAUCUCAGAAACAUGCACGGCUGCGGUUCUUGCCUACUUACUCAUGCACUUGCCCUGGCAAUGGGGAUUUAUAUUAGGUUUUGUUCUAGGUGCAGUCUCCCCUGCUGUGGUGGUUCCCUCAAUGCUGAUUUUACAAGCUGGAGGAUAUGGGGUGGAGAAAGGUGUCCCAACUUUGCUAAUGGCAGCUGGCAGCAUUGACGACAUUCUGGCUAUCACAGGCUUCAACACUUGCCUUGGGAUGGCUUUCUCUUCUGGUUCUACUCUGUACAAUGUGCUCCGUGGAGUGCUGGAGGUUGCUGUUGGCAUAGCAGCUGGGGGGAUUCUGGGAAUGUUUGUUCGAUAUUUCCCAAGCCACGAUCAGGCAUCUCUGGCAUGGAAGAGAUCAUAUUUUGUACUUGGGCUGUCCAUGUUUGCUGUUUUUGGCAGCAUCUACUUCGGCUUCCCUGGAUCAGGAGGGCUCUGCACAUUAGUCUUAGCUUUUGUUGCAGGUGUGGGAUGGUCUGACGAAAAGAGGGAAGUAGAAAAAAUUGUCGCAGUUGCAUGGAAUAUCUUUCAACCUUUUCUUUUUGGUUUAAUUGGAGCAGAAGUAUCUGUUAGAUCUCUUAGGCCUGAAACUGUUGGGCUCUGUGUUGCUACAUUAGGCAUUGCCCUAGUUGUGCGAAUCAUAGCAACAUUCCUGAUGGUGUGUUUUGCUGGGUUUAAUUUCAAGGAGAAAGUAUUUGUCUCAUUGGCAUGGAUUCCCAAAGCCACUGUCCAGGCUGCAAUAGGUUCCCUUGCCCUGGAUACAGCGAGAAGUCAUCAGGAUGAGCAACUGGAAAAGUAUGGAAUGGAUGUACUGACAGUAGCCUUCUUGGCUAUCUUGAUCACUGCUCCAAUUGGAGCCCUGGUUAUUGGCUUGGCAGGGCCCAGACUUCUGCAGAAGGCUCAGACAAAUACCAAGGAGGAUGAGGAAGGUGCUGAGGUCAGAGAAGAGGCAGAGGCCUGUGAACCUUCAUAAGACAGACAUCUACAGGAAUAUGAUCCUUCAGCCCUUACACUUCUGUUGAGUAAACACAGCAUGUCUGUAAUCUUUCUGGAGGAAACCAAAACAAGUAUCAGUUAUGCCUGCUAUUUGAAAAGCAGCCCUGCUGGAGUUUUAUAAAAUGUUUUUAUGUGUUGAUGGUGCCUUAAGAGAUGAAAUAGCUGAACAUACAGUGAAUAUGCUGGUCAGGCAGUGAGUCACUGAGAAAUUAGCAGUCAACAGUUACUUGGAAUGUGUGGGUGUGAGGCCAGGGAGAGGAUCAGAAUUGUUCAGGCAUGGAGUGGAGUCAUGAGGUGGAAUAUAAACAGAAGAAAAUGGAGACUAAUGUGAAUAACUUCUUGAUGGUUGAAACUGGGCCAUGAGAUGACAAGUUCAACAGCUCAAAGAAUGCAGCUUCUGAAUAAGAGACUGCUGACACACAGUGAAUGAGUCC